AUGACUCGAAUUCUUUAUGCUCGAGGCUUCCACGUAUCUGCCUUUCGUGACAGAUAUCCAAGAAACAGUCUCCCCAGCCAACUCAACUUGAGUCUUUCGAAAACUGACGACGAAGCUCAGUCUCAUGAGAUGGACUCGAACUCGCGACCGCCCUCUUACCGCUCAAGGCGCGAACGCGAAGACAACAUCGAGUCUCGAGCUGCUGAAAGCACGCACAAUGCCACCAUGAGAAAUGCUUCGACGAAUACCGAGCCGACUGUGUCUACAGGCACCUCAGAUGCACUGGCCGGACGGACAGCAGCACCUGCAACUCAGACUCCAAACAAGGAAGAUGUCGACCUUAAUGUGGCUGAGUACAUCCUUGGCGUCGCGUUCAUCCUAGCCAUGGCCGAACUAAGAGACAAUGGGACGAUCGAUCUUGACAAGAGACGUUGGGGCAUGCUGUAUUUCCAGUGGCUGUGGUUUCUGGACAUUGUGGCGCCGUUUAUCUCGGCAGCAGCGGCUGUCGUGGUAUACAUAGGGCUUGAGGCGAGCAAGAAGUGACCCAGACAGGAUCCGUACGCUGUUAAGGACUGGAAAGAAGAAGUAGUCAGAUAUGUGCAUGAGGCGACGGGUCGGGUUGAAGUUGUACUGAACACUUCUGUGUGGAUAUCUGAGCAUUCGUCACAGAUUGUGUGAGGCCGACGAAGGUGUAAAGGAUAAGGCUUGCACUGACUGGGCUGAGGUGUCGUUCUUCGUUCCGAUAGAAUGACAGCUGUUCGAAAC